AAGCUUUUGGUCCUCCACUUACCAAGCUUUUGGCCCGUUUCGCUCCCCCUCCUUCUUCGUCUCGUUUUCUCUCGCCGUUAUCUCCACCCCACUCUCCUCACGCUUUAUAACACCCACUCCCUCUGUCUUUCUCUUGCAGCACACACAAUACCCACUUCUCUUUGAGAGAGAGAUGGAGAAGUUAGCGGGUUUCACCUCCGGCGCCGCCGCGACGGCGUCGUCGUUUGCGAGUCCGAGGGCGUACAGGCGGGCCCUGGCGGAGACGCCCUGGAGGCUGCGGCGGCGUGCGUGGUCGGUGACGACGACGCACGAGGAGAUGAGCCGGGUGCGGGCCCGGUCAGGGCCGGACAUGGCGCGGGCUCUGCGGUGGCCGGACCUCGUGGGGCUUGGGCUUGGGGGAAUGGUCGGCGCCGGGGUUUUUGUAGCCACCGGCCGCGCCGCCCGCCUCUACGCCGGCCCCGCUGUCGUGGUGUCCUAUGCCAUUGCUGGGCUCUGUGCCCUCCUGUCAGCGUUCUGCUACACCGAGUUCGCUGUCGACAUGCCCAUCGCUGGCGGCGCCUUCAGCUACCUCAGGGUCACAUUCGGGGAAUUUGCGGCCUAUUUGACAGGAGCGAAUCUAAUAAUGGAAUACGUGUUCUCCAACGCGGCAGUGGCGCGGAGCUUCACAACGUAUCUAGGGACGGCAAUCGGUGAGGACGCGGCGGCGCAAUGGCGGAUCACUGUCUCUGGCCUCCCCCAGGGCUUCAACCAGAUCGAUCUCCUUGCGGUGACAAUAGUUUUGAUCAUCUCCGUGUGCAUUUGUUACAGUACGAAGGAAAGCUCGGUUCUAAACUUGGUACUGACGUCGAUCCACAUAGCCUUCAUCCUGUUUAUAAUCCUGAUGGGAUUCUGGAGAGGGGACUGGAAGAAUUUCACGCAGCCGGCGAACCCGGCCAAGAACCCCGGCGGGUUCUUCCCCUACGGCGUCUCGGGGGUCUUCAACGGAGCGGCCAUGGUCUACCUCAGUUACAUCGGCUACGACGCCGUGUCCACCAUGGCGGAGGAGGUGAAGAACCCCACCCGCGACAUCCCCAUCGGCGUAUCGGGCUCGGUCGUCCUUGUCACUCUUCUCUACUGCCUCAUGGCUGCCUCCCUCGCCAUGCUCGUCCCCUAUGACGCUAUAGACACGGAAUCGCCGUUCUCAGGGGCGUUCAGGAAAUCGGACGGCUGGAGAUUGGUGUCGAACGCGAUCGGGGCGGGGGCGGGGUUCGGGAUCCUGACGUCGUUGCUGGUGUCGAUGCUGGGGCAGGCGAGGUACCUGUGUGUGAUCGGACGGUCGAACGUCGUGCCAGCGUGGCUCGCCCGGGUCCACCCUUCCACCGCCACGCCCGUCAACGCUUCCGCUUUUCUCGGGGUGUUGACGGCUGCGAUAGCUCUGAUCACUGAAUUGGACGUCCUCCUCAACCUCGUGUCCAUCGGCACCCUCUUCGUCUUCUACAUGGUUUCUAAUGCCGUGAUCUACCGGCGCUAUGUGGUGGUGGGAUCCACGAACCCAUGGCCCACCGUCUCAUUUCUCCUCUGCUUCGCCUUUGCGUCCCUUGCCUUCACCCUUGUAUGGCGAUGCGCUCCUCCCGGGAGGACGAAGUUUCUUCUCCUUGGUGGGUGCGCCGUGGCGGCCAUCGCCGUCCUACAUGCCUUCCAAGUCCUCGUGCCGCAGGCUCGAGAGCCAGAGUUCUGGGGGGUGCCAUUGAUGCCUUGGAUACCAUCCAUAUCGGCAUUCCUGAAUUUGUUCUUGUUGGGUUCUCUUGAAGGGCCAUCCUAUAUACGGUUCGGCUUCUUCUCGGUGAUUGCCGUACUUGUUUAUGUUCUAUAUGGCGUGCAUGCGAGUUUUGAUGCUGAAGAGAAUGGUGAUCUACUCGAAGUUUGAGAUAGCUGGAGACAUCCAGAGGAAAACAAUGAUAAUGGAAGCUUCAUGCCUUCAUGGUGUGAAGGAACUGAAGAAGAAAAGUGCCAUCUUUUGUUUUGUUCUGUUUAAUUACGUUCCGCUUAUUUUUCUCCACUUUUCAUCUUUUUUUUGAUGGGGUUGAUGAGGGGGAAGUUAAAAAGGUGGGCGAAAAAGAAAUUCUGAGAGGCAAACAUGCCAAAGAAAGAGCAAAAAUAGGAAGGCUUUAUGCAUGAAAGCUGUAGCAUUGGUGGUUUUCAAAUUAAUUACAUCUAUAUUGUGUCUCUUUCUGAUCAUGAAAUGAGGGUCAACUAUUUGUAA